GACUCAGUUUCUAUUUAAAAAAUAUACAUAUACGGGUCAUAUAUUUGUUAACACGAUAUCACGAUGUGUUAAUGUGUAUAAGAAAAUACAUACAGAAUUUAAAUGAUAAGAAUUUAAGAUAUUUAACAACAGUUUCGUUUUAAAUACAGGUGAACAGUCGAAAAUACUGUGAAAUUUAUCACCUGCACUAUUGGAUUACAAAAAGUAGGUCAAAGAUUUUUAAGUCAAUUCAUUCUAUUUGCUGAAGAUAAAGUGCGAUAUUUGUACAAGAUGUGAGCCCUUAGUAUUCCAUAGAACCGGAAGUUAUACAGAUUACACGGUUGACAAGGUGACAGUUUAAAAGAAUAGGGAUAUAGGCCGGGGAUACUAAAGAUGGGAUGUUUCGACGGAUUAGCUCGUCUGCUGCUGGUCGUGUUAAAUAUAGUGUUUAUGCUCGGGGGUUUGGCCAUAUUUGUCGUUGGGUUUAUUUUGCGGUAUGGUAAAACAAUAUACGAACCAUUCUUGAAGACGGGAAUAGAUGAACUGGAAAAGGUUACCAAGGAUACGGGACUAGCUGCCCUUAGUGUGGACGACAUCAACCUAGGCGAGGUGAUGACGGGAUUGGCUACGGGUCUAAUCAUUGGCGGAGUGACACUUUUUGUUUUCUCGUUUGUAGGAUGUUGCGGUGCUUGUUGUAAAAGUGGGCUUUUAUGCUGUGGCUG